UUUAUAUUUUGAGUAAUUCUAGCUCCUAAGUUCACCUAGACUCUGUCCUUAAUCCUAACAAGUGGCAUCAGAGCAAUAUUAAGGACAUUGAGAGGAGUCUACAGAAGUUUGAAGACCCUUCUAGACCCACCAUGGCCUGUGGGUGUGCCUAAGUGGUGUUCUAAAGGUUGGAUGUGUCUUCCGCUAAGGGGAAACUCUGCCGAAAUUUCGUGGACGCCGACACUUGUGAAAAUAUCGAGGGAGCUGAGAGAAGGACGAAAUCCUCAUGCUCUUGGUGUAUGUGGAUGAUAUCCUUCUCUUUUCUGCAUCAACUGCUUUGCUGGACAGCGCAGAGCAGAUGCUGGAGAUGCAGUUCAAGUGCUCCAAGAUGGGUGAGGCGAAGUACUACUUGGGGAUGCACGUGGAGAGAGAUGUGGAAAAGGGUGUGCUGAGGUUGCACCAGAGGAAGUACUGUGAGGGGCUGGCUGAGAAGUAUGGGCUGCAAGAUGGGGGAAAGCCAGCAACACCACUACCUUCGGGGUUCACUGUGGAGCCAUGUGCUGAUGAGGAGGUAGUGGGUGAUAGUGACAGGAAGCUGUUUCAUUCGAUGGUUGGGUCGCUGAAUUAUCCUGCAAAUCAUACACGGCCUGACAUUGCAUUUGCUACAUCACGGUUGGCUAGUGUGGUCUCACGCCCUAGUCAUGAGCAGCUGGAAGCGGCCAAGAGGAAGCCGAAGGUGGAUAUGCUUCGGGUGUUCGGGUGCAUGUGCAUGGCACUUGUGCCUAAGAAACUUCGGCACAACAAGCUUGAUGCCAAGGCAACAUGGGCUGUGCACCUGGGCAUGGCUCAAAACAGCAAGGGAUGGCUUCUUUGGGACCCAUUUACCAAGAAGUUCCUGGUGAGCAGAGAUUGCAAGUUCAUGGAGAACUUACCGUACAAGGAGAGGACGGUGGAGAACCAAGCGAAGAUUGGUGUGCGGCUUGGAGAGCUGAAGAGUACCGGCUUGGAGCAUGUGGAGCUGCCCUUGGAGCUGAGUAGCAGCAGCACUAUCACAAGGCAAUCUCCUCAAAUGAAUGGGGGAGAAGAGGAGGAGGAGGUGCAGCAAGUUGAUGAGCGCGCACCGUCACUUCCGCCUCGUGCUACAAGUGCUCGUGGGAACCGACCAGAUUUACCGCAACGCCAUGAGAGCAUCCAAGUCCCUGCAGCAGAGGAGGAAGGAAGGGGGAGAAGGAAGACUCAGCCCCCCAAAAGGUUGAGCUAUGAACGGCUUGGAGGAUCAGCCAACUCAACCUUGACCGGUUCGGCCCUCAUGCUAGGCGAUGAUGCGGAAGAUGAGAGCGAGGAGUGCACUUUUGCUUUCUUCUCUCCGGUGGAGAUCCCAGGGGAGCCUACAAAUCCCAAGGAGGCUUGGGAGGGCCCCAAUGGGAAGGAGUGGAAGAAGGCCUCAGAUGAACAAAUGGGGAGCAUCAUCGAGAACGACACAUUUGACUUGGUGAACCUACCUCUGGGGCGGAAGGCGAUCUCUUCCAUGUGGAUCUACAAGCGCACGACCGACGCCGACGGCAACAUCGAGCGCUACAAGAGCAGACUUGUAGCCAAGGGAUACCAGCAACAGGAGAAGAAGGACUACAAUGAAGUAUAUGCCCCUGUGAUUAAGGGUACAAAUGGGUGGCAGCCAUCAAAGGAUGGGUGGUGAAGCAAAUGGAUAUUGUAACGGCCUUCCUCAACGGCGUUUUGGAGGAAGAGACCUAC